UCCAGUUAUGUGGAUCACAGGCACAUAUUGGUUCAAGCCAAAAGAGUGUUUGUUGAAGCUGUAUACCAGAGAGCAAUGAUCCAUGGCUGUUUUUUAGCUUCAAGGCACCGCAUUACUCUCCCUUCAGUUCUCACUCUCCAGCGUUCUUUUACCUCUUACAAUCCUUCACUCAAUACCGGGUUAAGUUUAGUCAGACCAAUCCUUUACUCAAGCGCCCAAAAUGAACUCCAUGGCUUCUUCGACAACCUGUUGCAGCAAUUAAAUGCCUGCGCUGAGCAAAUCAAACAAAUCCACUCCCAAAUCAUACUCACCGGCGCAUCCAACUCGGGUUUCUUGGUCGCUAGGCUCAUUUCUGCCUAUUCCGGCUUUGGGCUUCUCGAUGAAGCCCGAAAGGUGUUUGAAACCUCCCUGGUUGAGUGCUUUUCGAAUUUACUGUUUUGGAACUCGAUCUUGCGGGCAAAUGUUACCCACGGAGAGUUCUUAGAAGCUGUUAAAAUUUAUGCCAAAAUGCGUUUGUUUUGGAUUUGGCCUGACGCCUUUGGGUUUCCAUUGAUUGUGAGGGCUUGUGGCAUGUUGGGUGAUUACAACCUGUGCAAGGUUGUUCAUUGCCACGUAAUUCAGAUGGGUUUUCAGAAUCACCUUCAUACUGUGAAUGAACUGUUAAGCAUGUAUGGAAAGGUUGGGAGGAUGGAUAUUGCUCAUAUAUUGUUUGAUAAAAUGUCCACAAGAACUCACCUUUCUUGGAAUAUCAUUAUUUCAGGGUUUUCCCGUAAUUUUGAUUGUGAUGGAGCUCGUCAGAUGUUUUCGCGGAUGGAAUCCGAGGGUUGGCAGCCGAAUCCUGUAACUUGGACAUCAUUGUUGUCGAGUUAUGCUAAAUGCCGGCGUCAUGAAGAUUUCUGGGGAUUGUAUAUUCAGAUGAAAAGGAUAGGAGUUGAGAUUACUGCUGAAGCACUUGCUGCACUCAUAUCAGUUUGUGCUACCAUGAACAUACCAGACAAGGGUGAGAUGAUACACGAAUAUGUCAUAAAAGGCGGUUUUGAGAAUCACUCAAUUGUGAUAAACUCUCUUAUAAGUUUGUAUGGGAAAAAUGGUGGUGUCAAAGCAGCUGAGCAUCUAUUUUCUGGGCUGGACUCAAGGAGUAUAGUCAGCUGGAAUUCUUUGAUAUCUUCCUAUGCGGAAUCUGGAUUAUGUGAUGAGGCCUUCGCCAUAUUUUCUCAGUUAGAGAAGCUGGGUGAGCAUUCGAUGAUCAGACCUAAUGUAGUAAGUUGGAGUGCUGUUAUUGGGGCAUUUGCUGCUAAGGGGCGACACAAGGAGUCAUUAGAACUCUUUCAAAGAAUGCAAUUUGCGGGAGUAAUGGCCAAUUCUGUUACUAUUUCAAGUGUCUUAUCAGUUUGUGCUGAUAUAUCUGCGUUGCGUCUUGGUAGAGAAAUCCAUGGUUUUAUAAUUAAGGUUCUAAGGGAUCAUGUAGAUUUAUUGGUAGGAAAUGGACUGAUUAACAUGUACAUGAAAUGUGGUAGUCUGAAGGAUGGGAAAAUAGUGUUUGACAGUGUAGAAGAACGGGAUUUAUUCUCGUGGAACAUGAUGAUUUCAGGCUAUGGAAUGCACGGCCAUGGUGAUUGUGCUCUGGAAACCUUUGAUCAGAUGAUUAAAGCUGGAUUUAAACCAGACGAGGUUUCUAUGGUGGCAAUUCUCUCAGCAUGUGGCCAUGCAGGUCUCGUUAGUCAGGGGCGCAAACUUUUUGAUCAAAUGAGGACACGAUUUGGGAUUGAACCACAGGUGGAGCAUUAUGCUUGUAUGGUCGAUCUUCUGGGCCGAGCUGGAUUGAUGCAAGAGGCUCACGACAUGGUGCAAAACAUGCCGAUGAAACCCAACGCCUGUGUUUGGGGUGCGCUAUUGAACUCGUGUAGAAUGCAUAAAAACACAGAAGUUGCAGAGAAGGCUGCUGCUGAAAUUCUGAAUCUUGAUUCUGAGAUGACAGGGAGCUACAUGUUGCUUUGUAACUUGUAUGCAGGCUGUAGAAGAUGGGAUGAGUCUGCAAAUGUUAGAGUUUCAGCAAAGACAAAGGGGUUGAAGAAAAUUGCAGGGCAUAGUUGGAUUGAGGUGAAGAAGAAGGUGUAUAUGUUCUCAGCAGGAAAAGCCUUGCAGACAGGGAUGGAGGAGAUACAUUGGAUGCUUAGUGUUUUGAGUUAUCAAAUGGAUAAAGAAGAACAGAAGAUAUAGCAAAUCAAUUGUGAAUAUUUUUGGAAACAUUUCUUUAAUUCAAGGAUUCAGAGCAUAAGAUUUGAUUACAGCACUAGAUUAAGGUCUCUAACACUCAAAGAUGUCAUUCUACAAUUUGAUUUCAAGAUAAAUUUGAGCAACUCUCCAUUCCA